GAGGCAGCAACUUUGGCACCACGUCUUUCUCACCGCGAUAGGAAUUACAGCCAGUUUCGGAGGAUGUCAGCCCCCAGCAACUCGCUCCAGCAGCCGAGGGUGAGACGCAGCAAUGCGGGCUCCCCCGGCUCGUUCAACAACAGCAGCUGCCGUUUGCACCCCAUCCGUGCCACCGUGCCCUACCAGCUCCUGCGUGGGGGUCAGGGCAGCCCGACGCGGUCUCAGACCCUCUACGGUGGAGCCACGAACAGCCGAGGCUCGAGUCCCCCCUCGAGCCCGUCACUCAGCUCAGGAAGUGCAAAUGCUAAGCAAAGACUGUCCCCCGAAAACAAGGACUCCUCCUGUGCCCCAGACUCUCCAGUCUCCAGAGCAGAAAGGUCCAAGUUACAGGUUCGGAGUUCUAGUGCCAUCCGGCGGACAUCUUCCCUGGACGCCAUCACGGGGCCAUACCUCACCGGCCAGUGGCCUCGGGACUCCCACGGACCCUACCCUUCCUGUAUGAAAGACAAAGCCACACAGACUCCAGGUCUCUGGAUUGAUGAGGGAGCAGAACAGGGAAGUCCUCACCAGCGGUCAGCUUCCUGGGGCAGUGCAGACCACCUCAAAGAGCAGAUUGCUAAACUGAGACUGCAGCUGCAGCGCAGCAAACAGGUCAGCCGGCAGAGCAAAGACAGGGAGCAGAGCUCACUGCAGCUGCAGCAACAGGCACAGCAUGGCACUGCAUGCCAACCGCAGUUCAAGGGAACUUCAUCAGCCCUGUCAGCAAUCCCUGUGCCAAAAUCCCUCAUAUGCAGAGUGCCGAGCAGUGUGGAGGGCAUCAGCCACGAGCUGGAAAAUGUGUUUAUCAGAGAGGACUGGGAGCAAGGGAUACAGGUAGGGAUGUGUACACACCAGCAACGGUAUUUCUUUAUUCUUUCUCAAUUCAUAGCAGAAAGGUCCAAGUUACAGGUUCGGAGUUCUAGUGCCAUCCGGCGGACAUCUUCCCUGGACGCCAUCACGGGGCCAUACCUCACCGGCCAGUGGCCUCGGGACUCCCACGGACCCUACCCUUCCUGUAUGAAAGACAAAGCCACACAGACUCCAGGUCUCUGGAUUGAUGAGGGAGCAGAACAGGGAAGUCCUCACCAGCGGUCAGCUUCCUGGGGCAGUGCAGACCACCUCAAAGAGCAGAUUGCUAAACUGAGACUGCAGCUGCAGCGCAGCAAACAGGUCAGCCGGCAGAGCAAAGACAGGGAGCAGAGCUCACUGCAGCUGCAGCAACAGGCACAGCAUGGCACUGCAUGCCAACCGCAGUUCAAGGGAACUUCAUCAGCCCUGUCAGCAAUCCCUGUGCCAAAAUCCCUCAUAUGCAGAGUGCCGAGCAGUGUGGAGGGCAUCAGCCACGAGCUGGAAAAUGUGUUUAUCAGAGAGGACUGGGAGCAAGGGAUACAGGCCAUGGAUGCGGUAGAUGGCCGCCGUGCCCCUUUCCCUCCUCAUCACUACAGCAGCAGUGACACACGUGACACAGACACACAGGCCCCUUCAAGUGGUGACUCCAGCCCCUCGCCCCGCCCCUGCAGCUCCGACCACGUCCACUCUCCUGAUGGAAGCCCGUGCUCUGCAGAGGACAUCGACAAAGACAGUGUGUGCAGUUCUCCUCUCCCCAAGUUUGCCACAUCUCCCAAACCUAACAACAGCUACAUGUUCAAGCGGGAACCUCCAGAGGGCUGUGAGAAGGUCAAAGUGUUUGAGGAGAUGGUGUCUGGCAAAUCAAAAGGCUUCCCUCUCUUCUCGUGCCCCGACAAAAACAAGGUGAACUUCAUUCCCAGAGGCUCGGCCUUCUGCCCCGUCAAACUCCUCUGCUCCUCCCUCUUCUCCCCCGUCUCUCCCUCGUCCUGCUCCUCCGCCAACCUCGGUCUCCAUGGCAACGACAGCCCAGGGCCUCAGGUGACCCCAACUCUGCCCACUGCACCACUAGCUACCUUUCCGGCCUCCGCUGACUGGAGCACCGACACAAGCACAGGCAUGAAAACAGACAACAGCACAGACAGCCAGAGCCCCGACACAGACGUGGGGAAAGAUGGCUCAGGACAAGUUCUCCUCACCAGCUAGUUCUCAGGUAUUCAUAACCAAACCACCUACAGCUGAAACAUUACAGCUGCUCAGGUGGUGUGGUUUUAAAACAAAAAAAGGCAAAACAAAAACAAACAAAAAAAUAUUCGUACUCCGUUAAUCCUAACGUUAGCCAGCAGGGACUGCCCGAGGUCUAGACAUGACAAACAAAAGUACGAUAAUGGUACCGGCGUCCUGCCGUACACGCCUGAUGGUUUUGUCAGAAAUGUGCUGACCUCGGGCACAGCCUCCCGUCACCCAUCACUAACCUAGUCUUCUCCUCCGUACCCCGACAACACCCCUAACAAAAAUAGCUUUGCUUUCUUUUGCAAAAAAAAACAAAGGUAGAAAUGACUGCUCACAUGAUUGUGUCACGAGGUGCCGGCAGUUUAUCAAGAUGAAAUUAAAAAGGAAAAAUCUUUCACGAGAGACAGCUAUGAGAAACACAUUCUACUCAUGUUAUCUAACCAGCUUAUUAGCUGUUCAGUGUUCAGCGAGCUAACAUCUUAAGUACAUACACGUAAGCUUUUUGACAGGAUGGAAAUGCUCGGUUUAUGUAUUUAGCAUAUCAGGAUGUCUCACAGUCAGAAUACAUCGCCCCACGUUAACCACAAUGUUUGCACUUGUUAAGACAUGGCUCAGAAUGAUACAGGCCAUGGCCUAUUUUUUUAUUUGUUUAUUUUAAAGUAUUUGUAGCACAAUGUCUUUGUGAAACCAGCAGUUUGCUUGAGCGCUCCACCCAACAGGCCGACAAGCCAAGACCUAGAUCUGCAUUCUAGUCUGAUCCCUAUUAAAACUCGGUUAGCUCAACACAAAAAAUGCAAAAUAUCAGCUGUUUUUCAGCGAUCAAAUAACCAAUCACAAAGCACACAACUCCCCCAUUGCCUUGUUUUAUUGCCCCACACUACACAGAACAAUAACUCAGGUCAUGUGGAAUGUACUUGCUUGGACUAUGUUGCCUUUCCCCAGUGUUUAUGACUUCUAUAGAAAGACAUUCCAGUCUUUUGCAGAAAUGUUUUAUUUUUUCCCCUGGAGAGGGAGAUUAUAACGGACUGAAUCAACCGAUUGGUGUCACAGCUCGUGACAGGUGACUUUUGCGUUAACCUCUUCAGGUUAGAGUUUCAGGUGCUAUGACACAUUCCAGAGAUCGCUGUUGCUUUAGUCAACCGUGACUACUCGUGUAAGCCGAACUAGCUACAUAAGCUACACCCUCACAAACUGACAGAUAUGUCGUUUGUUUCUCCCCUUUGUUAAAUAUGUACCAAAGCAAACUGCAGAAUGACGACAGGCCUGUCAUGUAUUUGGGAUGCAGGGGGCACUGUUUUUGUGCCAGAAGCAGAAUGUUUAUGUGCAUUUGGUUUAUAAACACUUCAGCUACAUACAAACACUGGUUCAGAGUGUUUCAAACACAGGCGAUAAUCGUUGGACCAAGCCUAAGCACUUACUUGGAAGUGAGAUGAUAAUCACUAUUUUUAUUUUAGACCAACUUGUAAGUUAAAACAAUCAGAACUUGAGUGUGCAAUUGAUUUUUUUGUUUGAAGUAACGCUACACUAACAGUUUUUGUGUAACACAGUUUGGCUCAAUAUAGAGAUCCAACCAGAUGUGCCCUAACGUUACCUGCACAAGUUUAACACCAGAACAUAUUUAAAAAACAAAAAACAAAAAACAAAAAAACAUGACUGAUGUAGACCAGGUAAACUUUGAACGAGUAAAUGUUUCAUUCCAAAACUUUGGUCUAUCAAGCCACUUACUUGCACAGAAUCACAAGUAUGAACAAUAUGCAACACAUUCCACACAAAUUAAGUUGAGAUACUCUCUUCUGCUUGCAGCUCCAAGAGUUUCAAUCAUACUAAUUCUGAUUUUAUUCACAAGCUCAUUGUGCAGUGCAGUUAAGAAAUGGUUGCCAUGUUUGGCAAUGGUGAUUCAGUUCUCCUGUGUAUUACGCAUUUUUAUGUAGAUCUUGUGUGUGUUUUUUCAAUAAAGAAAACAAAAAAAGUC